GCAGGCAAGUUGAGUUUGGAAGAUCUGUUGGCUAAAAUGACUUCGUGCAAGAUUGCAAUAUCAAACUAGGCAAGUGCGAAAUAUAAGGAACUGAUAAAAAUGUGGAAGGAAGGAGGAGUGGUUGUUAAUGACGAUCAGCUGGCCUCAUCGACUCCCUUAAUAUCGUCACUAUCCACAGCCUUCUCGCUUCCAUCCCCACAACUCAACCUGCCUGUCAUUCCGUCCGCGUCAUUCGAUGUACGCACGGUUACAUCGUUGGGCCCUCUUUCCAAACUCUUGCUAACUGUUGACAUGAUGGCGGGAAACUUGCAUGCCCUCAAAUCAACAAAAGAUGCCAUCACCAAAAAAAAUAUUUUUUCGCACGAUAAAAUUGAACAGCUUGUCAAAAGCACAACAUGCAACACCAGACUUGAUAUGUUCGUGAACGGAAUGAAAAAGAAAACGUAUGUCUUUGAUGACGCGAGGCAGAGAGAAACAUUUUGUCAACUAAUUCAGCAGUUGAAGCGCAAGCAUUCGUCUGACGUCGAUGUCAACUACGUUUCAAUUUUCAUUGGGUCCUGGAACAUGGGCAGUGAGAUUCCGAUGUUCUGUUUGCAACCCUGGCUGAGAUCGGAUGGGUUGGGCAAAAAGAGAAGCAAGACCCUCGGAAUGAUAGGGCACGACAUCUACGUCGUAGGCACGCAGGAAAGUUCUCUUUCAGACAAGGAGUGGUCUAACAGGAUUCUGUCCUUACUCAUGGAGUCUUUUGGAGAGGAGUAUUACGUGGUUCUGAUAGCUUCUUUAUGGUCCAUCCGGACAUUAAUAAUCGCAAAAUCAAAGCAUAAAAAGAAAAUAUCAAACGUCCAGCAGUCUACAGUUAAAACUGGUAUCGCCAACGCUUUGGGUAACAAGGGAGCUAUGGGGGUGAGCUUGCAUUUUGGUGGGACAAGUUUCUGCUUCAUCAACGCACAUCUGACAUCUGGUGGAGAAAAAAUGAAAAGACGCAACGACAACGUGAAGGAUAUAAGUAGGUUCUUAGACAUGGGUAUGAAAUAUGGUAAAGACGUAACUAACAAGUUUCAUCACGUCUUCUUCUUCGGAGACCUCAAUUACAGACUAGACCAGCUCGACCCGCAGACCAUCGCAGAAAGUGUUAAGAAUGCAGACGGCAACUACCAGCAACUGUUGGAGCACGACCAGCUGAAGCAGUGCAUCAACAACAAAGAACUUUGUUACUUUAAAUACUAUGGAGGAGUAGAAGAAGAAGAGAUAUUGUUUCCGCCGACAUACAGGUACAUGAAGGGAUCGUCUGAUUGCUAUGUCUGGGAAAAAAAGAAAGCGACUGGGGUUCGCAUAAAUGUGCCAUCCUGGUGCGAUAGAGUUCUCUGGAAGUCUUAUCCAUACUUCUGGAUCACAAACACAUCUUACGGUUGCUGUAACAACGUUUGCUCCAGCGACCACAAACCAGUGUUCUCAAGUUUCGACGUUAAAGUGCGUUCGCCUCUGUUGGCUUUCUAA